AUGCUGCUGCCCCCGGACAGCCUGCUUAUGGCCGGUCCCAGCCCUGCGCUUGCCCCGGCGUUGGUUACACGCGGAGCGGCAAGGGGGGCGAUCAGCGUCGGGCUGCUGGCGUUUCAGGGAGGCGUGGCCGGCAUGGGGACGGGGGCCGAUGACAUGGUGGCCUCGGCGCACGCCAUGUCGAUCGGGGUCGGGGAAGUUAUCGGGCCGAUGAUUGGGGGCUUCGUGGUGGACCUCUUGCCCACGUCGCCGGCGUUUGCUUGCGAGCCGAACGUGCCCAUCGUGCAGCUGCACGACCCAAUCUUUCAGCUAGCCGGAGAGAUACGACCGCACCUCAGCAGCAGCAGCCGCAGCAGCAGCAGCAGCGGCGGCGGCGGCGGCGGCGGCGGCGGCGAGCAAGGACAACAAGAGCUUUCCGAGGACGCCGAAGCUGUAUAUUCUCCCGCGAUUUCUUCGGCAGAUAUCGCGGCUGAUGCCAGGCAAGGAGAGGACCUUGGCAGUGCCGAAACGAAACAGGGGGAGGAUGUCGUAUGGGUUACGAGACAAGAGGAGAAUAACAAGUCUCGCCUGUUAACAUUGCAUGACGGGGAGGGGCACGGGCAGGGGCAGGGGAGGGCGGAGGAGGAAGAUUGGAUCACCGUGGAAUUCCGGCAAGGGGGGCCAAGCACCGGCAGAUUAUUGGGCGAAGAUAGCCACGAGGAUGAUGGGGUUUCAAGGAUGCUACUAGCAGAGGAGGAGGAGGAGGAGAAGGAGGAGAAGCGGGCCCGUGGGAAGCUGCGGCAGGGCCAACCGGACGAUUCUAGCAGCACAAGGUCGGCGUUCAAACCAGCGGAAGCAGCAGAAAGAAGAAGGGACGCCGGCGGUAGAGACGGGGAGCGGAAGCUCGGGCAGCAGCAGCAGCAGCAGCGGCGGGAGAGACGGGCCUUGCUUGAGAGGGGAAGGGGACGAAGGGCCCGCCGAGGCCGUCAUCGCAUCCGGUCAAAACGGGAGAACGACGCCGCCGCCGCCGCCGCCGCCGUCACGUCUUCGAAGGGCGGUGAAGAAGAAGAAGACCCUCAUGGUAUGGUUGCUGUAGCUGCCGCUGCUGCUGCCGGCUUGGACGGGGCGGGUGGGCUGGGCGGCUCCCGGGGUGGGGCCGGGCUACCAAUAGAGAUGGGCAGCGGCGAAAACGAUGUCGAAUAUCUCCCCGUCGUGGGUCAGGCGUUGACCGGGGCGGGGGCGGCGGCGGCGGCGGCGGCGGCGCAGAGUGUCGGUGCCGUCGAUGGUCUUGGAGACGGGGGCGGAGCGGGGUCGUGCGACAGCGCCUUCCCGUUGGCGACGACCUUGUUGGCCUGGGCUUCGGGAUUCGCCGUCCUGGCCAUGUAUCGGUUGUUGCCCUCGCCGGCCGGGGGUGUUGGCGGUGUUGGCGGCGGCGUUGGCGGUAAGGCGGCGCACGGGGUGGUGGUUCUGCCAGCGUGACACAAAACAUCAUAAUUGUCAACAAUGUUUAUUUUGACUUUUUUUUUUUUUUUCCCCGGUAUGUAUAUACGGGCCGAGGAAUUGUUUUCUCUUGUCUCUCUUCUUUGCAGCACGUUUGUUUUUGUGUGUCGUCUUGUUUUUGUUUACUUCUGGCCCUCGCGCAGCAGUAAGUGGCCUUCGUGCGUCAUACGUUGGAUACGACCCCCCCCCCCCCCCCCCCCCCCCCCCCCCCCCCCCCCCCCCCCCCCCCCCCCCCCCCCCCCCCCCCCCCCCCCCCCCNCCCCCGCGAGAGGAAUUAGUCUAGACCCCCUAGAAAUUAGCUGGUUGGAGUGUAUUUGUGCGUGAUCUCACUCCUGCCGUCACCACGUGCGUCGAGUGUUGAUAGUGGGGGAGAAACGUGGCUCGUUUUUUCGGGAACGAGCCCGCGCGCUGCGUGUUGGACCACAUUUCUUCCAAGCACACGGCAUGUAUAUCCUGUCUGGCCCCUGUUUACGCGGGUUUUGCAGCCAAGUCAGUCGGACUUGUCUCGUGUAAACCUGAGAACCCUCCGCGAGUGGUUUGUCAUAGCCUGCACGAGGGGAACUUGGAAAUUGACCCCCAGGUGUGCAUCCCUCUUCCAUUUUGCGAUGAUGUUGUCGUUCGUCUACAGUACGCGUUACCUCUCGUGUUGCCCGAGGUCCGCUUGUUGUUCUCUCUGAGGCAACCCAGCAUUGAUUACUCCGCAUUGUAGGCUUGUUGCUUAAGCACCUGUUGCGGUAAAAUUCUUAAAAAUUACUUCAUAUUGAUUUGUUGUUUUCUAGCCUGUACUACUUCGUAACUCUCAGGUUUGUUGGGUAGUGGCUGGCGCGUACCAUGGGGAAUAUUCCUCUGGUAGCCCUUGUCCAAACGGGAAGGUACUUGGAGUGUCACAGAGGCAGAGCGUGGGGCGGGAAUCUGGCGCCCUCGGGAUUAUUUCAUGAAGCACCACUUUUAUUUUUUUUUCACGUUUUGUGCGUUUUCUGUUUUCUGUAUUUUGUACCAGCAGUUUUGUCGUGCCAACCGGGUAAAUAUCAGUCAAUAGGGCGUCCCUUCAACUGUGUCCGCUUUUGGCCAUGUUUUUUGCUUAGAACUAGUUGGUCUCAUUACGAGCGGCUAUGUAUCUGCACUCGUUCUAUGAAGUAGCUCGUGUUCGUUGCAGUUGCCAGGCAUUAUCUACGGGGAUAUACAUGUUGAUGCCUUGCGGUCGGUAACAAUCGACCGCGUACCCUUAGCUAGCUGGCAGCUUGCGUUGGGUCUGCCCUUUGGUUGUGCCUGCCAGUUUAAUAUUGUAAGGCUGCAAACCAGUUGCUGCCGUAUUGGGAUGGGUUUGUAUGCCUACACGUCCCCAAGAAAUGUGUGAAGACAACAGACACGAACCGGUAGGAAGCAUGUGAAACAAGUGUAACAAUAUUUAAAUUGUGUUCCCUUGCACCAUCGAGCGAGGCAGACUUUGUCGGGUGAAGUGUGCGUACGGUUGCUGAAUGUGGCUCCUUCCUUUUGACAAAUAGUCUAGAUACAUUGACUGACCUUUCGGUAUAUGUGUGCGUGAGUUGGACACUGCGGGGCCCCGCCCCUGGCACAUGAAUGAGCCCCCCCGUGCUCUGUUUGACGCUUGUUUUGAAGUCGGCAGUGUUUAGUGUUGGUCUGGUGGGUCUGCAGAAAAUGUGAAACGGCCGUUUGUUUGCGGUAUUCGUCGCGCUCAAGACAUGCGUAUGUGCCUGGACGAUGAACAAAGAAGUUCCACCUCAUCUUCUU